GGUGGCCCCAAUCGUUCCUGAAGGACUAUAAGACGUUUGGGAGGCUCAAGGAAAGAUACCGUCCGGCCUAAACUGUCCUGCAAUUCAGGUGCCAUACUCAGCAGCCAUGAAGUUCUCCCUUGCCGCCCUAGUUGUCGUGCUCGCUCUGGCACACGGAAGCCAAGCAACACAGUCCCCCGAGGUUGAGAAGCUGGCACAGUAUUUCCAGGAUCUGUCAGCUCAGCUGACCUCCACCACUCAGGAGCUAGUGCAGAAGAUCCAGUCAGAGACCUUCGUAGAGGAUGGAAAGGCCCAGCUGCAGCAGAUCCAGGCCCAGCUGGCACCCCUGGCCGAUAAUAUGCAGGCCCAGCUGAAGCCCCUGGCUGAGAACAUGCAGGCCCAGCUUAAGCCUCUGGUCGACAACUUCCAGGCUCAGAUGGAAGACCUCUUCCGCAAGCUGAUGGACCAGACCAAGUCCCUCGGCCAAUAAAGCAGUUCUUUUUCAAUAACCUUAUCACCUCGGACCGAAUCAACAGCUCCAUGGGCUUACAAUCAGUCAAAACCAAUCCAACAAGAACCCGACAAGCUUUCAACCCUCUGCCAAUCAAUCAAUCAAUCAAAUGUAUUUAUGAAGCCCUUCUAACAUCAGCUGAUGUCACAAAGUGCUGUACAGAAACCCAGCCUAAAACCCCAAACAGCAAGCAAUGCAUGUGUAGAAGCAUGGUGGCUAGGAAAAACUCCCUAGAAAGUAUUUUUGUGCCAAGAAGAAUGUGCCAAGACAAAUGUUGUUGACAUGCAAAGACAGACAGUAGUAAUCCAGAACAUCAUUAAAACUUGGAAACAAACUGA